AUGGUCUCUUUCAUCGGCACAAGGCUCUCUAUCUGCAUCGCGGCGGUUCUGGUCUCGGCCAGUGCAGCAUUUACUCCCGUUGCCAACCAACCUGCCCAAUCCUUGACUCAGCUGGCGGCCAGUGCUCAAGAAAAUAAUGAAGAUCGAAGAAAUUUCUUGACCCAAGUUGCAGGUGCUGCAGCCAUGGCAUUCCUGCCGUCCACACCUUCGUAUGCCGGUCUGUUGGAUGAUUUUGGAUCUGAUCCCAGCAAGAUUGUGACAAAAGAAAAAGAGGAAGAAAAAGUGUUGGUCACACAAAAGAAGGGGGCUGUUGCCAUUGAUCCCACCCUGCGUGCUUCUUACUACUAUCCCACUGCUAAGAAACGCUACCUUCCCCGUAUCACAAAAGUUACAUCCAACAUUGGAGACGUUCCUCAAUAUAUUGCUAAUGGUCAAUGGGAAGAAGUGGCAGUAUUUGCCAACACGGCCGACAAUGCAGUUCUCCCCUUGCAGCUGUACGUGAGUAGUUUGGACGGACAAGGAUUGGGAAUGGCUAACUCGUAUGCCAAGACAAUGAAAAAGGAUGCCGAAAUUUUUGAAAAGCAAUUCAAAGUCCUUCAAAAGGCCAUGAAAACCAAGGAUCAGGACAUGGCCUUGGCCGCUGUGCAGGAAAUGGGUGUCGCAGUGGCAGAAUACCGACAAACGGGACGAUUGAGCGACGAUGAUGGCAACAUUCCGUCAGUUGAUGAAAUCAAACGCAGCACCAUGCGACGAACCACACAGGCACAAUUCACACUUGACCGAUAA